AAAAACAAGAAAAUGGAGGGAAACACGGCGGAGAAAUACAGCAUUAAGAUUAGCCACAAAGAGCUAAUCGCAGCAGAAGGCCAAUCGCGGGAGGAACAUUUGCUUCCUCUCUCUAACCUCGACCUUCUUCUUCCUCCUUUAGAAGUCGGAGUCUUCUUCUGCUUCAAAAAGCCGCCUCCUUUACUUAUCCCUGCCAGCAAUUUCGCCUCCCUCGUCGCCAAGCUCAAGUCUUCCCUUGCCAAGGUGUUGCUCGUCUACUACCCCCUCGCAGGCAAGGUGGUGGAGAACGCCGCCGGCGAGCCGGAGUUGCUGUGUAAUAAUCGGGGCGUGGAGUUCAUUGAGGCUUGCGCGGAUGUGGAGCUCCAUCAGGUAGAUUUUUAUGAUGUCGAUGGAAGUGUUGAGCGGAAGCUGGUCCCCAAGAAAGAUGAACACAGCGUUCUUACUGUUCAGGCCACAGAGAUGAAAUGCGGGGGGUUAGUGCUGGGCUGUGUGUUUGACCACCGCAUAUCGGAUGCUCACACGUUUCACAUGUUUCUUAUAGCAUGGGCCGAGACGGCGGCCUGUAAAGAAGUACCGAUCGACCCAAUCUUUGACCGCUCACUGCUUAAUCCCGGCCGGUCCACCAAAUCCGGUUUGCUCGAACCAAAAUUCAAAUUUGACCGGUUGUAUGUCCCCAUCUCCCAGCUCCCGCCGCCACCACCACCAGAAAUCGAGAAACCUGAACCGCAAGCCAUCAACCGCCUCUACUACAUCGCCGCUGACGAAAUCAACCGGCUUCAAUCAAUCGCGAGCUCUGAAGGCCGGCGGCGGCGGACUAAGAUCGAGGCGUUUACGGCUUACUUAUGGAAGCUUAUAGGGCGGUGUGGAAAGAGGGGUGAAGUUACCCGGAUGGGCGUGGUGGUGGACGGCAGGAGGGGACUAGGUUCGCCGGAAAUGAAUGUUUAUUUUGGGAACGUGCUUUCCAUCCCCUACGGUUCGUUGGAAGUGGGAGAAGUGGAGGCCAUGGGAAUCGAGGAGCUUUCGGAUUUGGUUCAUGAGAUUGUGGUGGAGGGGGACAGAGAGGAGCAUUUCAGGGGAUUGGUGGAUUGGGUGGAGGAACGGAGGCCCGAGUAUUGUGGGUCUAGGGUUUUUAUGGAAGAA